GCUCAGGUUCGGGAGUUUCAUUUCUUUCAAUCUCAGUGCAUGGUCCUCCUUUUGAUUCAAUUAUAAUUUCUCUGAUUUUAUAUCCAUUUCAGAGAUCUUGAUCUAGUGUAAUUUUAGGUUUAAUAAAUUUUUAUAUGUUUAUUGAGAUCUCUCUCGACUUGUCAUCCUCAUCAUCAUCAUCCAUUAAUACUGCUCUCUUGCAUUAUCAAGAAAUUCAAAAACUUGUAAUCCCAAAUACUCUAGUCUUACUCAGACCAAAGUUUUAUUCCUAUUCUUAAACUAACCACUGUCUGAAAAAUUAAAAACUUGUCUUCUUGUCUGGAUUACACUAGAAAGAUGAACUUUGGGUUACCGAGUAUCUCCUGGUUUAACAGCAACAGCUCGAAGAAAGAUGUAGCCAUGGUAGAAACCGUGACAUCCACGACUUCUUCUCUCCUUGAACAGCAAGACCAAGGGCAAAGCUUGUUUGGUAUAAAGAUAUGGACUUUCUCCCUAGGUUCUGUUUUUCCUUGGGGCGGUGAUGGGAAGCAGCAGAAACCCACUACUAUAAACAGAGGGUUAAAAAGGCAUGCCGUGUCUCGCAGGUCAUCGAGAGUGAAUACUGUGACUACUAGUGUUUAUCGGUUUAGACCCUACGUGUCGAAGGUGCCGUGGCACACGGGACCGAGAGCGUUUCUUUCGCAGCUUUUCCCGAGAUACGGGCAUUACUGUGGACCCAACUGGUCUAGUGGGAAAGAUGGGGGUUCACCGAUUUGGGAUCAGAGACCUAUUGAUUGGUUAGACCAUUGCUGUUAUUGCCAUGAUAUUGGUUAUGAUACUCAUGACCAGGCUGAGUUGCUGAAAGCCGACAUGGCGUUUCUUGAGUGUUUGGAAUCGAACAAGCGCCUUGUUACCAGGGGUGAUGCUCAAGUUGCUCACUUUUAUAAGACAAUGUGCAUUACGGGUCUCAAGAACAUACUGAUACCUUACAGAAGCUACCUCGUGAAGAUACAAUACGGGCAAAAUCUACUCGAUUUUGGCUGGUUGCUGAACAGCAUUAGCAAGAGAAGCUGGAACUUCCAGAAGAAUUGAGAAACAUAAGGAAGCAAAAUCGUGAGUGUUCCCUGUGAGCCUUUCCAGUUUCGUACAUAGAGAGAGGUUUAAAGAGAAGGACAAGGAAACUGAGGAUUAGUUUGUGUAAUAUAUUAGAUAAAAUACAUAUAUAAUUAUGAAACUGUGGUGUGCGUGCGUGUUUUAAACCCUUUGUACAUGUUAGUAAUAGUAUGAUCCGUAUCACUUUUGUUUGAAUCCAAUAGUUGAAUCAAAUGAACUAGAGAAUGUUGAACU